AUGAAGUUCUCACUCGCAAUUCUCGCUGCGCUAGCCGCAUCGACCUCAGUCUCAGCUAUACCCUUUCGAGUAUACGCCUUAUCGUCUGAACCAAUCCCUUCACCUGACGAAGUGACUUUCCGACCAACUGAGCCGCACCAUGACCUUGAACAUGGCAAGGAGAUGGAAGAUUCGCCCAUCGUUCCUAUCAUUUCGUCAAUGCCAUGCCACGAACACGCCCCUACUAGCAAUGACAAAUGGACCUCUUUAUUCGAGAAAUUAGGUUUUACUCGAUCUUCUCGAGCUCACGAUCAGGAUCGCGAAGAAUCCGUUCAUUCAGUUAGAGAAAAACUGUUAUCACAUAUUCAUGAAAUGAACAAUCAAGUUGUACCAUUCCCGGAAGGUGGCUCAAUCAAAUCACAUCCCAUCAAUGGAAUUGCCGAAGAGACCAACAUGAUUGAGAGUGAGAUUGAGAAUGACAGUGAGCGAAAGGACGGAUUGAAAUGGUGGAGAAAAUUAGAUGAAAAUAAAUGGAUUGUCAAAUCUGGUUUACAAGGAAAUUGGAGAGUCCCAAAUCACGAUGAACAUCCUCCAAAGACUCAUUAUCAUCACAAUCAUGAAGUGAAACAAGCAGAACCAGAGAAUAAUUAUCAUCAUUCCCAUAGACACGGUCACGGGCACGGUCAUGGGCAUAGACAUGUGUCCAAAACUAUCAGUGCAAGACUCAAUCGAGCACUCAAAAACCUCAAACCAGUCGAAUCUAUCGCUCUCGCUUUUGUAAUUGGCGCAGGUCUCGGUUCAAUAAUUCAUUUCUUCUUCAUGAUUUUCUUACUCUCUUUCAGAUUCUUCAAAGCUGGAUGUCCAAACAAAGCUGAACGAAGAGCAAGGAGAGCAGCCAGAAGACAAGCUAGGAAAGCAGGCAGAACAGCUGAAGGAGUUGCUCCUUCCACUCAGCAUGCAUUAGAAGAAGAAGAAGCUUUAUUACCCCCUUAUCAAGAGGGAAAUAUCCGAUUAGCCGAAGAGAAAUCUGAGCAAUCUUAG